UAUGUUACCUGUAAAAGGUUAAUGAACUACAUUACCCAAAAAACUAUUAGAGCGAGGGAGGAACGACGAUGUCGGACGAAAUUUGACUCGCAGUACUUCAACUCAUGGAGAGCUUUAACCACGCAGUGCAAAGAUGACCGAAGGGACGUGUGUGCGGAGAAGAGGGGGUCCCUAUAAGACUCCCGCAGUGACAGACCUGACUCGCUGGAGGCUCAGUAAUGUGGAAGGAAGGCAGACAUGGAAGUACCUGAAGGAUGAAGACACUGAGGAGAGGGAGCAGAACUUCUUGGAGGCUCACUCUCUGGGUCUUGACACAAGUAAGUUUGUUCCAGACUCCCCUGCAGCUCACACAGUGGUUGAAGCCGCUCAGAAGGGGAUGGAGUUUUACAGCCAUCUCCAGGCUGAGGAUGGCCACUGGGCUGGAGACUAUGGAGGGCCACUAUUCUUGCUUCCUGGUCUCCUCAUAACCUGUCAUGUUGCUAAAAUCCCUCUACCAGAAGCCUGGAAGAAGGAGAUGGUGAGGUAUCUACGUUCAGUGCAGCUGCCAGACGGUGGUUGGGGUCUGCAUGUAGAAGACAAGUCGACUGUGUUUGGCACAGCUCUCAAUUACACCACACUGCGAAUCUUAGGAGUUGGGCCUGAUGACCCAGAUAUGGUGCGGGCGAGGAACAACCUACAAACCAAAGGAGGUGCUGUUGGUAUACCGUCCUGGGGAAAGUUCUGGUUGGCUAUCCUCAAUGUGUACAGUUGGGAAGGGAUGAACACGCUCUUUCCGGAAAUGUGGUUGUUUCCUGCUUGGAUGCCGGCGCACCCGUCCACUCUGUGGUGCCACUGCAGGCAGGUUUACCUUCCAAUGAGCUACUGUUAUGCUGUCAGAUUGUCUGCGCAGGAGGACUCACUGGUGCUCAGCCUGAGACAGGAACUAUACGUCCAGGAUUAUUCAACUAUUAACUGGCCAGCUCAAAGAAACAACGUUGCUGCAUCAGACAUGUACACCCCUCACAGCACUCUGCUCACUGCCGCCUACUCCUUCCUGAACCUGUAUGAGGCUUAUCACAGUACUGCUCUGAGAGAUAAAGCUGUGAAAGAGCUGUACGAUCACAUCCAAGCAGACGAUCGCUUUACAAAGUGCAUUAGCAUCGGACCGAUCUCAAAAACCAUUAAUAUGUUGGUGCGCUGGUAUGUUGAUGGACCCUCUUCAGCUGCCUUCCAGGAGCAUGUGGCAAGGAUCCCAGACUACCUCUGGCUUGGUCUUGAUGGCUUAAAGAUGCAGGGAACCAAUGGAUCUCAGCUCUGGGACACAGCCUUUGCAGUCCAAGCAUUUCUUGAGGCAGGCGCACAGAAUGACCCCAAGUUUACACAGUGUUUAAUGAAGGCCCACCAGUUUUUUGAUCUAACUCAGGUUAAAGAAAAUCCUCCAGACUACAAGAAAUAUUACAGACAAAUGAACAAGGGAGGCUUUCCCUUCAGCACACGUGACUGUGGUUGGAUCGUGGCUGACUGCACAGCGGAGGGCCUGAAGUCAGUGAUGUUACUGCAGGAGCAGUGCAGCUUUAUCACAGAGCACAUUCCCUCACAAAGACUCUUUGAUGCAGUCAACGUGCUCUUAAGCAUGAGAAAUUCUGAUGGUGGCUUUGCCACAUAUGAGACCAAACGUGGAGGAAAACUUCUGGAGCUGCUCAACCCAUCAGAGGUGUUUGGUGAUAUCAUGAUCGACUACACCUAUGUGGAGUGCACAUCAGCUGUGAUGCAAGCUCUGAAGCACUUCCAUCAUGCUUAUCCAGAGCAUAGAGCACAGGAGAUUAGGAGUACGCUUCAGCAGGGACUUGACUAUUGCAGAAGGCUGCAGAGACCUGAUGGUUCAUGGGAAGGGUCAUGGGGUGUGUGCUUUACAUAUGCAGUAUGGUUCGGACUGGAGGCGUUUGCAUGCAUGGGCCAUAAUUUCCAGGAUGGAUAUGAUGGACUGGUUUGUGCUGAAGUGAGGCGUGCCUGUGACUUCCUGCUCUCUAAGCAGAUGGAUGACGGAGGUUGGGGAGAGGACUUUGAGUCGUGUGAGCAGAGGUGCUAUAUACAAAGCAAAAAUUCCCAGAUCCAUAAUACCUGCUGGGCUCUGCUGGGCCUGAUGGCUGUCAGGUACCCUGAUUGCAAGGUCAUUGAGCAUGGAAUACAGGUUUUGAUUGACAAGCAGCUUCCCAAUGGAGACUGGCCACAAGAAAACAUCUCUGGCGUUUUCAACAAGAGCUGUGCCAUCAGUUACACAUCCUAUAGAAACAUGUUUCCAGUUUGGACUCUGGGCCGUUUCAUGCGUCUCUACCCCUCAAGCUCACUUGCUCGGAAACUGGGAGGCACUGGAAGAUAAUCUGUGAAGUGUUUAAUUUUAUUUACUGACUAAAAGUAAAAAUUUAAUUCUCAUUCAAACCGAUAUGAUGCUUUUAAGGCUGACCAGUCAGUAAUGCUCUCUUGUGAUUGCAGAUGAUUUGCUUUUAAAUCAUUACAUGGU